AUGUCCACUCACUGUUUUGUUCCUUUGACUGAAAAUGGCAAUCAGAUUUCUGGGAUUCCCAGAAAACCUUUGUUUCAUUGUCCUCAACACUGCCAAUCUCUUGUUUUUACAGCUAAUUCUCACUCUUCCAUUGAUUCUAAUCCGAAGGAAAAAGUGGAUCCAUUUUCCCUUGUUGCUGAUGAAAUCUCACUUGUUUCAAACAGGUUGCGUUCAUCUGCAGUUUCCGAGGUCCCUGAGCUUGCCUCGGCUGCUCGAUAUUUCUUCGAACAUGGAGUGGAAGGGAAGAGAACAUGUUCCAUGGUUGUUGUUGAUGGCCAAAUCAAUGGAUAUAUAGACCCGAAUCAUCUUUUAGUUGCAUCGGAUACAUCUAGAGUUGAACUGUGUCGGAAACAGCAACUUGUUGCUGAAAUAACCGAGAUGAUCCUGUUAGUUCUUCGUCUCCAAAGCAAACAAUACUCAUUUCAGGUGGCUAGUCUAAUUCAUGAUGACAUCUUGGAUGAUGUGAAAACGAGACGAGGCGUCAGUUCGUUAAAUUUUGUGGUCGGAAAUAAGUUAGCAGUGUUAGCAGGGGAUUUUCUGCUUUUUUCGAGCUCUAAGGGCCCUUGCUUCCUUGAAAACGAGUCGAGAAUCUUGUUACCGGUGAAACCAUGCAAAUGGCUGCAACGUCGAGCAGCGCUGCAGCAUGGAGUAUAUAUGCAAAAGACAUACCACAAGACUGCAUCAUUGGUCUCCAACAGCUGCAAGGCCAUGGCCCUUUUAUCCAAUCAAGCACCCGAAGUUGCAAUGUUGACUUUUGAAUACGGCAAGAAUUUGGGAUUGGCAUAUCAGCUCAUAGACGAUAUUCUCGAUUUCACAGGCACAUCAGCUUCAUUAGGAAAGGGUUUGUUAUCGGACAUACGACAGCUCAAUGCUACUUCAAAUCAAACCAGUGGAAGUUUUGGUAUUGAUUGGACACUUGAGUACCUGUGGAAGAGCAAGGGAAUACAAGGACGAAAGAACUGGCGACGAAGCAUGCUAAUCUUGCUGCAGCAGCCAUCGAUUCUGCCCAAAAGUAGCAGCUCGGACGUAAGGAAAUCAAG